AUGGGAUUCUUUUGCUUUGGUAAGGGAGCCAAGUUUGACCCCGACGGAGGCAAAUUUUAUCUACAGUGCGAGCUGGGCCAAGACACAAAUUUGGAUUUGAAACAAACAGUGUUCCCAAAGGCCCCUAGCUUUCCAAGCCUCGACAAUCUUCAGAGAUAUUGGUAUAACACCGGUCCCUACUUUGUAUUAGAUGGCUGGGUUCAAAUGGAGGAGGAAUCCCAACUCUCCCCAAAGAAGACCGAGAACUACACCAUAUUAAUCAAGCGAGAGGGAGCCACUAACCACUGGCACUCGUUAAUGGAGAUAUAUUCCAUGACACUGAGCAUGGACGUUCUACAAAUUACAUCUCAACCCAAAGCCUCUACCCCAUUUUAUGACACCGAACGCGAUGCACCAAAUACACAAGUCUUCAUUCUCGAUGACCACCCAGAUGGUCCAUACUUCGAUAUGUGGUCUCUCUUUUCAAAUAGGCCAGUCCUACGUAUCAAGGAUUUACCAAGUGACACAACCUACGAGAACCUCAUUCUGCCACUUGCAGGUGGGGGAAACACGCUUUGGCAAGGUGACUGGGAAGUCAACUCCUGCGAAAAGUCAACACUCCUAAAUACAUUCGUCAAUCGAGCCUUGACCUUGUACGGUCUGAACGGGACCAAGCCACGUCAAAACGAAGAAAUCACAUUGACAUUCAUCAACCGAGCAUCCGGGCGCAAACUCGCCAAUACUACCGAAUAUUUGGAAAUAAUCAAAAAUCAGUAUCCUCUAGUGAGGGUCCAAUCAAUUGACUUCGCCGCUAUCUCCUACAGAGAUCAAUUGAAGAUCAUUCAGGAAAUAGAUAUCCUCGCAGGUGUCCAUGGAGCAGGGCUCACACAUGGUAUCUUCCUGCCUCCUGGAUCGGCGAUGGUGGAAAUUCUGCCUCCUGGGCUUAAUCACAAGGGUUUCCGAAAUGUUGCCUCGCUUCGGGGUCAUGAUUAUUACAGCACGCAUGCAGCAGAUCUUGAGUUGAAUGAUCAUGGUGAUUGGCAUUCCGAAGAUGUUUUUCUAGAUCUUGAUCGGUUUAUUGAUAUGAUGGAUGUGGCCAUCAAGUCGAUGUAUAACAAGGGCUUGCGAAGUUACGAUGUUUGA